AUGCUUAAAACACCACCGCUCCAGACCGCAACCGCGACAAUCGAGACAUUAUGUGGCAGACUGCAGUCCACGACGCUACUGGAAGACCGUCGAGCAGCAGUCUUGGGGCUUCGAUCAUUCGCCAAGCAGUACCCUGCAUCGGUUGCAAGUGGCUCACUCCGUGAGCUCAUUGCUGUCCUUCGAAGGGAUGGGGUGGAAGGCGUUGGCGACGUGGACACGAUUAGGCUGGUGCUCGAAACGCUGCUCAUGCUGUUCAACCCGGACAGCAAUAGCCCUGAGGCUAGUGAUGAGAUAGCGUACUUCAUGGCUGACGAGUUCUCAAUGCGCCAAGACAAUGUAACUCUGCUUCUGUCACUCCUCGACCCAUCGUCGCCAUACGCGGAUUACUAUUCGCGUCUGUACAGCGUGCAGCUACUCUCCGCCAUCUGCGCCGCGAGACCGGAGAGGCUGCAGGAAUGCGUUCUCAGCGCGCCUCUUGGCGUCAGUAGGCUUGUCGGCACGCUAGACGAUGGUAGAGAUGCCGUUCGCAACGCCGGCUUGCUACUCCUUGUGGACUUGACAAGUGGUGCAAACGAAGAUCUUCGCAAGAUUGUCGCUUUCGACGAUGUCUUCGUCAAAGUAUUCGCGCUCAUACGCGCAGAGGGUGGCCUUGCUGAUGCUGGAGUCGUUGCACAAGAUUGUCUUAGUCUGCUUGCUAACCUGAUCAAAGGCUCUGCGAGCAACCAAACCAUGUUUCGCGAGUCUGGCUGCGUGGCACAAAUGAUCCGGCUACUCCAGGAAGGUUCUCCACCUGAAGACCUCGAGUCGGCGUACGUUCGCCAGGGACGCGAAAAGGCGGCAUGGGGCUUGCUUCAACUGUUGGCAUUAUUCCUCGAGCCUGGCGAGAGGAUUAGCGCACAGAACCAGACGUCUUUCUUCCGUGCAGGUGCCGCGCAGGUACUUAUAGGCCUGGCGUUUAGUGCAGAGCUGCCACCUCCCAUUCGCACAUUGGCGCUCAAGGAUGCGGCGGCUCUCAUCGCGGCGAACGCACCGCUUCAGGAAGCUUUCGCUGCCCUACAAGUGGAAACGCCGCAGGCAAGGACGGAAAAAGACAAGCUUUCUGUUCAGCUGAACGGAACUAGAUCUGGUCCUGCAUCUGCACGAGGCAGUGCUCGACCUAGCGCGGAGCGACCACGCACCUACAUCAUCGAAGCGCUGCUGGACCUUACCCUAAAGCAGCCUCAAGCGGACGGCAGCUUGAGGGCUGCAUCAUGCUCUGUCAUUCAAGCAUACUUGACCAACCACGACAGGAUAAAACUUCACUUCCUGCAACGUGCGAUCGCAGGCUACACAGAGCAUGAAACAGCGGCGAAUGUUCUGAUCACGCUGUUAGCGCGCGAUCAAGACUCAGCAAGCAAAGGCUACGCUUCUUGGGUCGUGUCAGAUCUUGUAUACGACUCUCCUGACGCGAAAGCAGUCCUGGCAGCGCUGAAAGAACGUGUUGAGACCGAGGGCGAGGAUGUGCUCACCUUGAUUCAAGCACUCGGCUCCCACUUGUCAACCGCGCUUCAAGCGACUGAGGAGACACUGGUAGCUGCCUAUGCUGGCCUUAUUACUGUCCUACUGUGGGAGUUUGCUGACGGUGUCGACAAUCUUCUCGCGGAGGGCUCGGGUCUUUUGCAAGCACUUGUGACGGCCAUAAAUUCUGGUGCAAGCAAUCCGGUGAUUGCUGGUUUCGCAGCCGCCUCGCUUGGCACCAUCUACGAGUUUAGUACGAAGGAUAGCCCGAUACCGCGACGGACAUUAGCGCCAUUACUGACGCAAAAGCUUGGCCGGGGCAAGUAUCUCGAAGCUUUGGCCCAGCUCAGGAGAGAGCCUGCCCUCCGCGACUUCGACGUAGAUGGCGCAGCACACGGCGGCUUGUUGAGCAGAGCAUUCGUCGACCUCUUCCUCGUUGAGUACUCCCGCUUGCGCAAAGCCAUCGACAAGGAUCCGGCUUUCGAGGUUUUGCCACUAUCUGCCGCCGAAGGUGGUGUGGACCGCGACGUACUCGAUGAUCUGAGGCAGCAGUUACAGACCGUUAAGGAUGCCCUGGAGCACGCCCAGCGAGAUGCCACCGCCUCGAGCCAACAGCAUGAACAGGACCGGCUGAGCGCAUCCAAGGACUUGCAGACCGCCAAUGCUGAGAUUGACCGACUCCGGCGCAUUAACCAGGCUAUGCAACAAGGGCACGAAGCCGAACUAGGCAAGCUGGCGCAACAGCACGAGUCACAGCGGGCUCAGCUAUCCACCGUGCAUCAGCGAACAAUCGAGCAUUCUAGACAAGAAGCAGCUCGUCAAAUCGAGACACGACUACGCGAGCAAGGCGCUGCUGCGGCGCAAAAGAUCCAAGAGUACGAGCGACGACUGGUCGAGCUGGGCAAUAGUCAUCGGUCAGAGCAGGGCAAGCACGUCGAGACGGUGCGUCAGCUAGAGGCGAUCACCGCUCGACACGCCGAACUUGGAACGAGCGAGAGGACUUUACGGGAGCAGCUCAACGAGCUCAAUCACCAGCACGGCAAGAUGGCGCGUGAGCAUCAGCAACUGCAGACUCGCUCUGCGCAGAUGGAGGUUGAGCUAGAAAAGCUUCGCGCUGACGGUCAGAUGAAGCAGGAGCGCAUCACGUUACUCACAGCGCAACUCAAUGACCUUCGUGAAGAGCUUAAAGCGAGGGAAGACGAACUUGCUACCGAGCGUGCUGGCUUCGAAGACCUCGAGAAGGAGCUCGAAGGCGCCAAGGCCGCUCUUUCUGCCAACAGCCAACCCACUGAGGCGGCUGAGAAGCUGGCAGAACUAGAGAUGCGCUACAGAGAAGCGCAGGAGAACGAGAAGAGUGCGAAGGACGAGAUGGAGAGCAUGCUACUUGUCAUGAGCGACAUCGAGGCUAAGCGGGACGCUUACAGAUCGAAGGUUAAGGAGCUGGGCGGAGAUGUUACGGAAGACGAAGAGGAUGCUGAAGAUGGCGAAGACGAAGACGAUAAAGAUGUAGACUAGCGCCAACUCGUUUAUAUCCCUUCUGUUUGUGAGAAAUGGUUGCCAUAAUGUCGAAGUUCGUCGAGCGGAGCGUGCCGGAUAUUGACAACGACGAUCAUCGGCUUAGGUUGUGGCCACUGUUCUCAUCCCGACGAUUACAAUGCAUUGCUAUGGCUGCACAGGUAGAUUUGCCGCUUACCGUCAACCCAAGAAAAUGAACAUCACCGAAUUCCAUUCUCAUAGCCGUUAAGUGCUACCAUCAACGCCAUAGGAGCGCAGGGACGACGCACAUUGAAGUGGGAAGCCAUCG